AUGCAAGGAUCUCAACCAGCCGCUUGGAUGGCGAUGCUGAUCUUGGUCAUGACUCAGUUGCUGCUGGAUGAAAGGCUUCAGUCCGUCUUUGCAAACAUGUACAGGGCACCACAAGAGAGCCGUGGGCUACAGCUGAUAGAGGAAACACACAACACUGUUGAAAAUGAUAGCAGCAAUAGCUCUUUCCAUGAUGAAUGUGCUUUUGCUCGCAAUGUUACCUUCUCCAACAAGCCUCCAACCACGACUGUCAUUGUUACUUCCAACCUGAUCCCCACCAUGCCCUCCACUGCCGUCA